AUGUGCUGCGCACUGCGAACAGCUCCUUUGACUGGCUUCAAGUCGGAACAUCCUUUCAGCAGCGAUAUGAGUGAUAUGAGUUCAUCGUCUCCGCAGCAAUGGAGACAGGAAGUGAUUCCAGUUCGCCCGGCCAUUGCUCCGAGGAGACAAUCGACCAAAGAAGAGUUUGAAAUUGACAACCAGUUGAUCGGAGCUGCUAAAACGCUAAGAUACGACAAUCAACACCAACAAGAAAGGGACUAUACCCACAGCAUCUCAUCCAAUACUGAGUAUCAAAACUCGGAUAGACUUAUCACUACUGGCCUUCCCGCAAACCAUCACAGUCCUAGGGCCACCUCGUUAGAGCGUAGUCAAAGAGAAAGUUCCCAGGUCAGCGCCCCUGCAUCAUCCCCGGGUGUAGAACAGGUUCAAAGUGGCCAAAUAUGCAGUAAUUGUGGUACAACCAGGACACCACUCUGGCGGAGGUCACCGCAGGGGGCAACUAUAUGUAAUGCUUGUGGCUUAUAUCAGAAAGCUCGCAAUGCUUCUCGGCCCACAAAUCUAAAACGUCCUCCAACCACGGCUCCUAUCGGAUAUUCAGGGGACUCACGGGAGUCUGCCUCGACGAGCGGGUCAAUGUCACUUCCUACUGCUGGCGCAACUUAUGUUUCCGCCGAUCAAACCUCCACAGGAACGUGCCCUGGCGGUGGACGUUGUAAUGGUACUGGAGGAGCCGAAGGUUGUGGUGGAUGCCCAGCUUUCAAUAAUCGAGUUUCAAAGACCGCCCAUUUUACUUCUUGUCAAGAUAGACAACCAACACAUACUCCACAGCCGCAAAAUGACCAGAGCACAGAUGCCCCAUCUCCAAUUGAUGUUGCCUCCCUCCAGUUACAAACACAAAACACUACCGUCGUUGUAGCUUGCCAAAACUGUGGAACUACCAUCACACCGCUUUGGCGUAGAGAUGAAAGUGGUCAUACAAUUUGUAACGCUUGUGGUUUAUAUUAUAAACUCCAUGGUGUGCAUCGACCUGUAACUAUGAAGAAAUCAAUCAUCAAGCGUCGUAAAAGGGUAGUACCAGCAGUGCAGGGUUCUCAAGCUUCCAGCUUCGAUACUGGAAGUGCGAUGGAUUCACCAGAGUCCGAUCGUGCUUCACCUGAAGAGGCAGUUGAGCGAGGAACAAUGAAUCCUGACGGAUCAGUGAACUUGGGUCUUCGUUUACGCAAUGAUCCAGGAAGGGCUUUACCAGAACCGAUUCGGACACAGAAUGGACAUCAGCAACAGCAGCAACACCCGCCAUCCGAUCUCGGCGCCUAUACGUCUAAUCCAAAUUAUCAAGGUCAAAAUCUCGACUCCCUGACUAAUGAUAACCGACUGCCGCCCAUGGCGUCAUACCCUUCGCCAAGCCGAAACCGACUUUCUGUAUCGCCUAGUAAUUACCUUUCCCCUUCUCGAAAACGUUCCUUCUCCGCUACUGACCUGGAUCCAAACAAUACCCUCACCUCAGAAACCACAUCCGCAUCCACCUUACCUAAACGUCUCUCAUCCAUAAAAUCCAUACUAAAUCACGGCUUCAUAGAUUCCGACGUUAAUGCUACCCCCGAAAAUGAUCUUAGCCUCCGUCGUGGAACCAACAGCUUAAGAUUAAGCCCCAGCCGAUAUUCUGCCGCCGCAAGUCCAAGUCUUAGCACUGUCGGCCCGGCUACUUAUUCAACCAGUCCUUCGGGCAGCGGAGCUGGAAGCGCAUCAAAUAGUGCGAGGGACCCGAUGAGUGAAAGCGAUCGCGCAAAAACGGAGAGGAGGGAGAUGUUACAGAGGGAAGCGGAGAAAAUGAGGGAGGCUUUAAAAGCCAAGGAGAGAGAGUUGGCAGAAUUAGGACUCGGUUUGGAUUAA